AUGAAGUUAAUAAGGCAACGGCUGGUACUGGGGGCUCUGCUAGGCACAGUUUUCUUGGGACUGCUGGUAUUGCUGGUGGGUCAGUUUCUAGAAUCCUGGACAUCUUCAACGAAUCUGAGGCCUCCAUCCCCAAAGAUCUCUUUGAGGAAGUUUGAGUGGCAGGCUUGGACCCCACACCCUUUGGAUCUGAAUUAUCCUUAUCCCUACCCCUUCCUGAUCAAUCAUCCUGACAAGUGUAAGGGUCCCAGAGGAGCCCCUUUCCUGCUCAUGCUAGUGAUGACCCAGCCCCAGGAAGUAGGGGUGCGCCAAAUCAUCAGACAAACAUGGGGCAAUGAGACCUUGAUUCCUGGUGUGGUCAUCUGCCGCCUCUUUGUUCUUGGCCUUCCCCGACCCAUCUUUGCUCAAGAAAUUCGGGUCCUCCUAGAAGAGGAGGACAGGGAACACGGGGAUCUCCUCCAGGUAGGCUUCCUGGAUACAUACCGCAAUUUGACUCUCAAGGUCCUCAUGGGGCUGGAGUGGAUGGCCCAGUACUGUCCCACUGCACGCUAUGUACUUAAGGUAGAUAAUGAUGUCUUCUUAAACCCUAGCUUCCUGGUACAUGAGGUGCUGCACCCUGAUCAACCCCCUCAGCCAAACUUUAUCACAGGUCACAUCUAUACUGACUCAGAGCCCCAGCGGAGCCUGGAAGACAAGUGGUACAUGCCCCCUGAGCUGUACCCCCAAGAAAAGUAUCCUGUGUACUGUGGGGGCCCAGGCUAUGUGCUGUCUGUCUCUCUGGCCCUUAGGGUUCUGACUGUAGCCCAGAGACUCAAGCCCAUCUACUUGGAGGAUGUAUUUAUUGGAUUGUGCAUCCAGGAGCUAGGAGUACAACCGACACCUGCUCCUCCUGAUACCUUCUUGACAGUCCGUCAGGAAUAUGAACACUGUGCUUUCCAUCAACUUGCCCUGGUUCACCAGUUUAAGCCCCAGGAAUUGCUGCAGUUUUGGCCAGACUUCCAGGCAGUCAAUGACACUUGUCCCAAGGAAUGA